CCGAUCGACUGCUAACAGUGGCCCUUCUAGUUAUUCCAGUUUAGAAAGAUGCGAUUUGCAAGGCUAAUGGUCACGUUUUUCCGACACGAGUGUUUGGUUUAAGGCCUUCUGUUGUGAGUAGGGACCUCUGGCGCUGGAUGCUUGUGUUCAGGUUUGUUAUAUAACUAGGCUGGGUUAAUCAACUUUGGCGCCUUUCUAUCUACUUGUGCAAUACUUGAUGGACGAGUCUGCCCCCGUGCUUCUCAGAAAGCAGCUGGGAAAGCAGAAGAGAGCCAAAUACACUUAGAAGAAGAGAUGACUCCAGGGAUUCAGGCAGUGGUACGUGCUACCCAAGCAUGGCUGCAGUCCUCCUGGCAUGUCCAGGUGCCCUUUGCCUGGCUAGAAGCCUGUGUGGAGUGGCUACAAGGAGAGGCAGGAGGAGAAGCUCAUCUGUCACAGCAGCAAAUCAACCAGCAGGCGCUGGACCAAUGGCUGUUAACAGACCUCAGAGACCUGGACUUUCCUGUCCUGCCUGAAGGGCUCGCUGAAGCCCAGAAGACUGAGCUCAGUGGCACCUUCUGCGUCCAGGUUGACUCAUUACUGGACAUCAGUCAGCCGGCGUAUGGUCAGCUGCAGAAGUGGAGGGGCACAGAUUGUGCCAAUGACGAGGUGUCUGCAGUCACACAGACCACCCAGAGGCCCUGGGAGGCCAAACCCACCCGUAUGCUACUACUGCAGGUGACAGAUGGAGUUCAGAGCCUGGAGGCCAUGGAGUAUCAGCCGAUCCCUGCUCUCAGCGCGGCACUCAGGCCCGGUGCAAAGCUGCAGCUGCAAGGAAAGAUAGUUUGCAGACUUGGUGUUUUGCUUUUGGGGCCGUCCAACAUCAAAAUCCUCGGUGGUGAGGUCGAAGACCUGGUGGACAGAAAUAACCAGGGCAGGGUGCUGUGUCGGACACUGGGACUUCCUGAGCAGGAACAGGAAGGAGAGGAGGCUCCAGCACAACAACAAAGUAACCAGGAAGUGGACGAUCUGGAUGUUGAUGAUGCAGAGCUGUUAGCCAGUCUCGAGGCCCAAGAGGAAGUUGAAAUGCUUCAGGUUGAACCUGCCCGAGACAGCGGCUACAGCACGCUGCGUGAGGCUUCCACUCAGUCUUCGAGAAGCUCGUCCAUCAGGAGCCUUGUCUCAGCCGCUUCGUCCAGAAGUGAACUCUCCACCCGCUCUGACAGAGGUGGCUCGACCCGAAGCAGCAGAAAUGGUUUAGACCAGGGUUACCUAAAUGAUGACGAACACGCGGAAGCUGACCUCUUUGACUCAAUCCCCCCCGAUGCAGUUCAUCAACAGAUCCAAGAUCACAGCAUGGCAGACGAAGACUUUCCUGAUGAAGACUUUGACGACCUUCCCCUGGAGGAGUUGGACAGUGUGAUUUUCCAGGAAAAUGAAAGUGUCCCCACACCAUCUGACAGCAGUUACAGAAACACACCACAGAACAGCAGAAUAACAGGAAAUCCCAACAGAGCAACAAAACCCCAAGCUGCUCUGUUUGAAUCAUGCACUUUGAGUGGCUCUGGGUCACGACUUGGGUCUAUCAACUCCAGAUCCAGCGCACAGAAAAGGGACACUAGAGAAGCUUCUGAGCAAUUAACCAAGACAACUCCCGAGCUAUUUCUUUCUCCAGCAGCUUCAGAGGCAGCACGUGAAUUAGAUUUGGCUGCUAAUGACGAGAUUGAUUUUGUGGAUGAAGAUAUGGACUGCAUUUUGGAAGAGGCAGAAACCAGUGGGAAGACUAGAGAACCAAAUGAGAUCCCUGUUCAGCAUAGGUCUAGUAGAGACACCGAGAGCACUAGCUAUGAAACAGAAGCUUCAAGAUUGUCCAAACAAAAUGCUCGGAGUGGCAGCACACUCCCUCCUGUCACUCUGACCUCUCCACCCUUUACAUACUUGUGCUUGCUGGAAAAUUUAAUGUCCAAACCACUUCUCCACACCAUGGAGAUCCAUGUCAAAGCUUUCAUUGUGACUCUUUUGGGAAAACUGAGCAGCAGUAAUGGCGUUUGGAGUGUUUCUGCUACAAUAUCUGACGGGACCGGUUACCUGGACGUGGAGCUGUCCAAUGAAGUUUUGACAGGCCUGCUGGGCUUCUCGGUAGCAGAGAAGGGAGCCCUGAAGCGUGACCCGUCCCGGAGAGGUGAGCUGGAUGCGGGGAUGAGGAGAUGCCAGGAAGAGCUUGUGGACAUGUGCUGCAUUAUGACUGUUAUUGUUCAACCGGAGGGCAGGAAAGCGGUGGUGACCAAAGUGGUGACCAAAGUGGACCCCGUCAGCGAGAAAAUACUCCAGGAGCUCGAGCAGAGGGUGAGCUACGGGAGAAAAUAAACAUAGUGGUUGAGGGGAAGUGGGCGAUAAUGAGAAAAUUGCAGGCAGCGGAAAAGUAUAUUGCCCUUAAGCAGAGAUAAAAAAUUGCCAACAAAACUGUGGCAGAUGUAACAUCACUCAGUGGCCUUGAAAGUUUUCUUUUCAUGUAAUGAAACUAAUAGUUGCGUUGCGUGGAAGGAAAAAAAUCACGCUAGUUUCAGACUAAGGUAGUUAUUUUAAUUGGUGAUCAACCUGCCCUUCUGCUUCAGAUUUGGAGAGCAGAAGGUGUGAAAUGAUGAUCAGCAUCCCAUCUGCUCCAUGUGAAUGUGACGUUCUGCCAUUUGUCGUUGGAGAAUUUCAUUCAUCUAUUCAUUUUGUUGUUUUCCGCUUAGAAUGCGCUGCAUUGCUCACAAGCACACUAAACAGAUUCAACAAACAAAGGUGGUUAUGUGCAAAUCAGGUCAGACAUCCCGGUUUUCAAGGCCCCGAAUUCUGCUUAAUGCUGAAAACUACCCGAAGAGCAGGGCGAAAUAUACGAGAGGAGAGGAGGGAAGUUGGGGGUGGGGUGUUCAUCGUCUGAUUGUGGUAAUGAAUUGCCAGCCUUUGCAUUCAUUCAGUACAACCAUUACUUCUUACUGAAAAGUGAUUGAAUAGCCAAGGGCAAUGCGGGUCUUUAAUAAACUCCUUCAGAGAAGAAUGAGAGGAAAGAAAUAUAAAGGAGAGGCCAUGAGCUUCGAUUAUUUCUGUUCAUUACAGUCUCGUCUGUUUUUGUCUUUUAAGAACACACAUACCACAAAUUUAAUGCAUUGUCUGCAUUUACUGUAUCUUGAACGUUUUUAUAUAUACAUUUUUUUUUGUCUUGCGCUCUGUGACUAA